AUGCCUGAUUUGUUUGAUAAUUUGUUCACCAAUAUCGGUGCAAAAUUUAAUGGUGGGACCACAAAGCGUCGUUAUUCUGGUGCUAAGCAAGUCAAUACCGGGAAAUUUUAUAGCUACCAUAAUACUCCAAGUAAUAAUAAUUACUGGCUUCCUAGAAAAGGUUCUACAUCACUGGAGAUUGAAACGGCUGACUCUAAACUUGAGGUCAAUUCCGACCCUGGGAUUGAUGAAAAGCCAUAG